AUGGUCGGGCCACUGCAGAAGGCACCAGGAGGGUUCAUCCACCUACUUGUCGCAAUCGACAAGUUCACCAAAUGGAUAGAGGCAAAGCCGAUCACCACAAUCGAUUCCAAGGAGGCCGUCAAGUUCUUUCUGGACAUCGUCUACAAGUUCGACGUACCCAAUUCCAUCAUCACCGACAACGGAACCAACUUCACGGGCCACCACUUCCAAGAAUUUGCGGAAGAACUGCCAGCAGUGCUCUGGAGCUUGCGAACCACACCUAACCGGUCGACGGGGCUGACACCUUUCUUCCUGACAUACGGCUCUGAGGCCGUGCUCCCUUCCGACCUGGACUACGGCGCCCCGAGAGUCAAGGCGUUUGACCCAGAAACGGCGGCUGAAGCACAAAGGGACGCCAUGGAAUUGUUAGAGGAAGCGAUGUUAGCAACGUUACACCGCUCGGCCCGUUACCAACAAGCUUUGCGUAGGUACCACGAGAGACGCAUACGGGAGAGGACGCUGCAGGUCGGAGAUCUGGUCUUGUGA